UAUUGUGUACACAUCGCCAUGCUAACCGUAUCGGCACCAAACGGCGGGGGUAGCGUUAGCGUGGCAUUCCUCUCAUAGUGGUAACACACGGUUCGAGUGUAUUGGCACAUCCAAAAAGUGUUGAACAUAACACUAUCGCAAUUCAUCGCAUCGCUGGCGGACAGAAAGCUUCCCGCGGGACGAGGCGGACAAAAUCCAGGUAUCUGCGAAUCUGGUCAUGAAUAGCCAGUACCCGGGUUACGGCUCGGAGGGCGGUCCUCCGCCCUACCCAGGUGCACAAGGCGGAUACCCACCUCAGGGUGGAUACCCACCACAGGGCUACCCAGGCCCCUACCAGCAGCCGGGGUACCCGCAGCAGAGCGGCGGCUACCCGCAGCCCGGCUACCCGCAGCCGGGAGGCUACCCUCCGCAGCAGGGAGGCUAUGGACCGCCGCAAGGCGGAAUGGGAAUGCCGUUCAUGCCCAGGAUGGACCAUGGUCAGGCGGACGUGCAUGUCACCACCAACGAUGACCCAAAGGACGACGACGUGGCCGGCUUCGGCUCCAGCUUCUCCAGCAAGGCCAUCCGACACGCUUUCAUCCGCAAGGUGUACCUGAUCCUGACGCUGCAGCUCAGCUUCACACUGGGCAUGGUGGCGCUCUUCACACUACAUCAUGACGUGAAGCUGUUUGUGCAGCGCCACCAGUACAUCUACUGGGCCUCGUACGGCGUGUUCCUGGUGACCUACAUCACCCUGAUGUGCUGCGGCAGUGUCCGCAGGAAGCACCCCUGGAACCUCAUCCUGCUGACACUCUUCACGGCUGCGUUCACCUACAUGGUGGCCAUGAUCUCGUCCUUCUACAACACUUACAUCGUGCUGCUGGCCGUGGGGCUCACGGCCGGCAUCUGCCUGCUGCUCACACUGUUCGCCGUGCAGACCAAGUACGACUUCACCGGCUGUGGCAUGUUCCUCUGCGUGGCCAGUCUGGUGGUCGUCCUCUUCGGCAUCGUGGCACUUAUUAUCGGCAUGUUCACGCCCAUCCCGAUCCUGCAGCUGGUCUACGCCGGCCUGAUCGCACUGCUCUUCUCCAUGUAUCUGGUGUACGACACACAGCAGAUCGUGGGCGGGCGCAAACACGAGAUCAGCGCUGAGGAGCACAUCUACGGAGCCAUCGUGCUCUACAUCGACAUCAUGCAGAUCUUCCUGGCUCUACUGCAGCUGGUGGGGUCCUCGGACAACUGAGACUGCUGCUGCCACCUCCAGGAAAAGGUCGCAACUAUACUUUCACCGCGCCCACUUGGCGGAGUGUGAACAUUUCCGUACACUUUCUCUCUGGCAGCGGCCAGCACUUAAAGGAUAUUCCUGUAUGUUUUGGUUUUUGGCUUUACUUGCUACUUCUUGGGUGUUAAUAUUUACUAUGGUUAGUUAAAAUCACUCUGCAAUAGUGUCAUCACCGAGUGUCUUGUGAACUAAGAAGAUCGCAUAUUUUAUUAAUGUAUUAGAGUAGUUGUAGGGUUAAGACUUACAUACAUGUUAGAUCCCUAAAUUAAUUGAUUAUCUAAAAGUCAGCCCAAAUUUCGGUUGCUUGAUUUCCUCUACUCUGGAUCUAUAAAUUUCCAGGCUAAAUUAUCAGGAUUGCUGAAAAAGAGCAGCACAUUUUUCGAGCGCAUCUAAAUUGAUAUAGUUUUGUGUAGCCUGGUACUCUGGUGUUAGCUGUUGUACUUUUGUUCGUGUUGUAGUGUAAUGUAUAUUAUCCAUGGGAUAUUAUCCAUGGGCUUGGCGUGCAUUGCUUACCUCGAUCGGCGCACUACAUAGAUGACGUAAUUAGCCCCUCGGCGGUCCUGACGCCUCAGACGUCGGCUUCGAACGCUCUGCUGCUGCAGUGUCGUCCGUGUCUAGAAAUACUUCACACUCACACACCUAUCACAGUGUUGUGUUCGGCGAUGCGGACUCGCGCCGCGGCCGUGUCAGUGUUGUGUUACUGUGAUGUGGCCGUCGAGAGGGUCUCGAUGCUGAGCCUGUAGCACUCUACUGUAGCUCGAGUGCCAUCCGCUGGAUGGGGUGCUGGAUCGGGAAACAGCAGCGAAAGGAAGGACGUGGCUGGUCAAUUUAACCAAGGACUGCAGAGAAAUGAGUCAUGGAUUAAUGUUUCGAGUCGGACAGCGACUGGCCAAGAUGAAAGAAACGAAUUAUCAUGGGCCGGUUGAAGCAGUGCCACGCACACUGAUCGCUGAUUGGCUGGCUGGAUCCGCCGACGUCGCUGAUUGGCUGGCUGGAUCCGCCGACGUCGCUGAUUGGCUGGCUGGAUGUGUCGGCGUCGCUGGUUGGCUGGCUGGAUGUGUCGGCGUCGCUGGUUGGCGGGCUGGAUGUGUCGGCGUCGCUGGUUGGCUGGCUGGAUGUGUCGGCGUCGCUGGUUGGCGGGCUGGAUGUGUCAGCGUCGCUGGUUGGAUGUCGCCGUCGCCGACUGUCUCAGGGGCCUCCCGUGGCCUCCUAUCGUUCUGUUUUAUGUCGUUGGCUCUGUGUUGGGUCGCCAGCCGUCGGCCUCUGUAGGAUCCGUCUGUCUGUGCAUUUGAUGUGCUGCCAGUAGAUACGAACGGUUUGAAGUCCACAUACUGAACGCUGAAAAUACUGCGGUCAUCCUCCGUCAGGACUGGUGUCGAUUUCGUGUCUGCCCGUGAACUUGUCUCGAAUGGGCCUCCAAACGGAGCUGCAUCAUGGGCAGAUUUUUUUAAGGCCAAAUCACUGUUGACGCUCUGAAUUCCUAUAAGUUAAAAUAUCCAACUUAGUCUCAUCGCCUCACCGAUGGCCUUAUGCUAAAGCUAAAUUUUAGAUCAUCUCAUUAUGACUUUCUGCUUCGCUGAUAAUUGUGUCUCGUAGUAAAACGUAUCGUGGUAAAACAUAACAAUAGUUUCAAAAUACACGUUUAACUACUUCGA